UGUCAAGGAAGUCAAAACUCCGAUCGAGGGGUAUAAACGUAAAGACACAACAAUUUUGAAAAGAAGACAUAAGAGGCGGGAAUGUAACACAAAAACAUGGGCUUUGGGUGUGAAAAAGGAGACACUUGUUCUCUCUCAAGAUCGCUCAAGAAAAAACUCAAUUUCUUGGAACACCUCAUCAGUUAAGCUGCAAAGUAAAAAAGACACACCAGUAAGCAAAAAAAUGGUGGCUGCCAAGGGGAAAGUUCAAAUGGGCAUCAAUCGUGCUACUGAAGAUUCCCGCUGUCAUAGGACUGAUAAAGUUGUUAGCAAUUUUAAAGUUUAUACAGAUAACGAAAAGGCUAAGGUUGAUGUCGGUGGCAUAUCUAUUAGAGAGAGCAUUGCGCCUGCAAGAACAUCCGUACCAGUUAACAAAGGAGCUCUUUCAAAUGCAACAAAUGAUUCAAAGGGGGGUUCAAAAUUUGCAAAGAAUAUCAAAGGCAAGUCUGUUAGUUCUGUAAAUCAAGAUUUCAAUGUCAGAAGAAAAGCACUAGCUGAUGUGAGUAAUGUCCAGAGCAGCUUCUCUAGGAAUGUUACAUGUGAUGGCUCCAAAACAAUGAUUACAGGGUGUUCAAGAUCAAGGACUGUGAAUAUGUCAUCAAGAAAAUGUUCAAUGGGAAGAAUGAAUAUAGGACAAAGAGUCACCAACUUUCAUGCUACAAGGGAAGGUGUUAAAGAUUUAAGUGCCUUGUCAGAUGAUCAAAGGAUGAACACGAAGAACCGUGGCUGUGAAUCUGUUGUUAUUGUUAAUAACAGCAGGAGUGCAAGGAACUCACUUAUGUCAAUGAGGAAGUCUCUACCGGUGUUAAUGACAGUGAACCAGACAGAUACAAGUAAAAUAAAGAACAAUGAUGAAGGCUUGGGGAAAGCUAAGAGAAAUAGUGGAUUUUCUGGUAAGGUGAAAGCAAGAAAGGAUGUAGUGCCAAAAGUGAGCAUUUGUAGGAGCCAUCUACAGAAGAACAAAGUGAGUGAUGGCUUCAUAAGAACGGAUCAAACUAAUGUGAAGGCUCAUGGCGGGUCCAGAAAAUUCAUCAAGCCCGCAAUAAAGGCUGCUAUCAGUGUGCCCAAUGCUCAUAGGACUUUAAGAUCCAAGGGUACAUCAGCUAUGAAAAAAUCCAUAUCCAUUGCUGCAGUCUUGCCUAAUAGAAAGGAUGAAUCUGUGACAUCUUCUCUUCUGGACAAUAUUCCUGUGGUGGUUUCCCAUGAAGCUACUGAAGAACCGUCCUUUGAAAGUAUUAGCAAGUCAACUGCAAACAAACCAGAUGCCAUUGUCCAGAGAAAAUCUGAUCGUCGUAGAUCUUAUACAACUUCAUUAAUGGCAAGAUCAAAGUUAUUAGUGGAACAUGGAGAAGUUAUCGAGCAAGAAAAAGUGCCAUGUAUAGAUGAUAAUUGUAAUCAGCUUGAAGUUGCUGAAUAUGUUGAUGACAUCUAUCAGUUUUAUUGGGUUUCAGAGGCACAAAAUUUAUCUUUGGCAAAUUACAUGUCAAUUCUGACAGAAAUUACACCUCAAAUGCGGGGCAUAUUGAUCAACUGGCUAAUUGAAGUACACUUCAAAUUUGAAUUAAUGCAAGAAACACUGUAUCUCAUGGUCAUAUUGUUAGAUCAAUAUCUGUCACAAGUCCAAAUUAAAAAGAAUCAAAUGCAAUUGGUGGGUCUUACAGCAUUGUUGUUGGCAUCAAAAUAUGAGGACUUCUGGCAUCCUAGGAUCAAAGAUUUACUUAGCAUCUCAGCUCAGUCAUACACGAGAGAUGAAAUGCUUGCCAUGGAAAAGCUUAUUCUUAAGAAAUUGAAGUUUCGUCUAAAUACGCCUACCCCGUAUGUCUUCAUGUUGAGGUUUCUUAAGGCUGCUCAAACUGACCUGGAGUCCCAACUUGGACAUCUGUCAUUCUACCUCAUUGAGCUGAGCUUGGUUGAAUAUGAAGCUUUGAAGUUUAAGCCUUCGAUGCUAUGUGCAUCAGCCAUCUAUGUUGCUCGAUGUACAUUGCAAGUAGAUCCAGCUUGGACUCCUCUUCUUGCUAAACACACACGCUAUGAAGUCUCCCAAAUCAGGAAUUGUGCAGAGAUGAUAUUAGGGUUUCAAAAAGCUGCAAGGACAUCACAUUUGAAAGUAACAUAUGAGAAGUACAUGAGGCCUGAUCUCAGUAGCGUUGCUACGUUAAAGCCCUUAGAUAAGCUUCCGCUUUGAUUUUGGCUUGGGAAGAUGCAUUCACCUAUCAUGUAUUUUUUGUUUUUUCAAAUUUCUUUGAUAACUUUUAGUGAUGGAUUGGAAGAAACUUUCAGCUUUCUUGGUUUUGAUGGUACUAACCUAUGACUUGUGAUUUUACAUGAUGAUAAAUAUGUAGCAAGAAAUCAAAUCUUUGAGAUUUCUGUUGCUGUUCAUGUAUUGUAACUGUUACUUGGAAGCUAAUGACUGAGUGUUGUAAAUCUUGUUUGUCUCCA